ACCACUCUACCGCCAGUCAGUAAAUGAAAAGCUUUUCCGUCGAGCUAUAGUGGCUGUUUAAAGACUACUCUGUGAUCCUUGCGUCUCGGACCAAUCUCGCCCCGUUUUUUAAUAUUUUCCUCGUUCCUCUCCUCCCCUCCCUCCUCUUCUCUCUCUCAUAUUAUGUGUGGACAGAGCGACGGUGUUUCUCUCAGCCCGGAUGUGUUGUAGGCACGCGUUUUCCAGAGGCGCGGUUAUAAAGCGUCCGUUAUUUAUCCGACUCUACUUUGAACUGUUCUCCUUUUCAGUAAGGAACUGAUAGGCGAGCCUCACGCGCACGGCAGGCAGCAAGACAAUCAAAUCAAGGACUGAUCCCUUAUGUUUACUCUGAAUCGAAUUUUCAUCUUUCAUUGAACUAUGACAUUGCUUCAGCCCUGCUCUCUGGAUUAAUUCCUUUGUAAUCGUUAUUUGUUCCCCCCCAUCUCGUCCAAUAUCUGUCUCCAAGUGUAGGCUAAGCUUGUUCAGUGGUCAUGGGGUGUAUAAUUUCAUUUUUGCCUAGGCUGGUGAGGGUCUUGACGGUUGUGUAAAAGCGGAUACCGCGUGGAUUUAUGGUCUUCACAGACAAAGAGCCAGCGAAGGGAAACUAGUGGAAGUUUGAGACCAGGAAGAAUGCAGGCGACGUGUUGGUGUGUGCUGUUACUCCUGACGCCAGCGGUUUACCUGGUGACAAGUGUACAUGCUUCCAAGGGAGACCUCCUCAAGUCGGGCAGCCCCAAGUCGACGUUAAAACAUAUAUGGACAGAAAGCGGCAAGGACCUGUCAAUCAGCAGGUUGCUGUCACAGACUCUCCAUGGCAAAGAGAACACCACGGCUCUGGACCUGCGCUACGACACCCCGGAGCCCUACUCCGAGCAGGACCUCUGGGACUGGCUGAGGAACUCUACCGACCUCCAGGAUUCUAGACCUAGAGCCAAACGGCGGCCUAUGGUCAAGACGGGCAAGUUCAAGAAGAUGUUUGGCUGGGGAGACUUCCACUCCAACAUCAAGACAGUCAAGCUCAACCUCCUCAUCACCGGGAAGAUCGUGGACCACGGCAACGGAACCUUCAGCGUCUACUUCAGACACAACUCCACAGGCCAGGGCAACGUGUCUGUGAGUCUCGUCCCGCCAACCAAGGUCGUGGAGUUCGACGUGGCAGCCCAGCAGUCCGUGAUCGAUGCCAAGGACUCCAAGUCCUUCAACUGCCGCAUCGAGUACGAGAAGGUGGAGAAGGGCGCCAGGAACACGCUGUGUAACUUCGACCCGUCCAAGACGUGUUACCAGGAGCAGACUCAGAGCCACGUCUCCUGGCUCUGUUCCAAGCCCUUUAAAGUCAUCUGCAUCUACAUCUCCUUCUACAGCACUGACUACAAGCUGGUGCAGAAAGUCUGUCCGGACUACAACUACCACAGUGAAACUCCCUACUUCCCCUCUGGCUGACCACUCCCACAACAACAACCCCAAUGUGGAGCAGAAAGUUACUUAGUGGGGCUUCUUAUUUUUCCCCACCCAGAGAAAUAUAUGUUAGCUGUAAUGUUCUGAACAUAAAAGAAUGUGUAAAAUGAAUUAAUUACCUAUUUAUGAAAUGAAGACUUUUGAUGACAAUACAGAAAGUAAAGAUUUAUGGGAGCAGUCAUUUCUUUCUUUCAAAUUUUGUUCAAAACCAUUAUUUGUAUAAUUAUUAUGUUAUUAGUAUACCAAUACUAUGACUUAACAAAUAAUAUUGAUUAUAAUCCAUUUGUUUUAUUGUUUUCAUACCUUUUUUCCAUCAAUGAUUUCAUAGAUGCAUAAUGUGUACAUAUUUGAGAUUGAUAGUUCCAUUUGUAAGGAGGUAAAAUCAUCUUUUCAUGUACGUCUUAUUAGUUUGUAACAACUUUUUUUAUGUUAUAUGUUAGGUUAAUUUGCUUGGUCCAGUUUGUUUCUAAAUGCCUAGAUUUUCUCCUUUUUAGUAUUUCUUACUUUGCUCCUUAGGGCCACCAUACUUUCUGUAUGAAAGUUCAGUUCUGUGAGCUACCAAUUGGACUGCAACAUACAGGAUCCUGUGUUUUGUUUGCACCUGCAAUACUCUUCAUUCAAAGCAGUUCAAUUCCGCUCUCUCAGAAAUAACAGUCCAGACUCUUAUCCUUGAAGGCCUUCAAGAUCCCCACACAUUUCCAAACCCUUCGACCCCAAAGGCGAGAGAGCUGAAGAAGAGGAGUGUGUCGGUGUGCAAUCGAAGCAUCAGGUGGAGAUGGUCUCAUCAGCCUGACGGACUUAGCAUUGAGCUAGCAUUGAGCAGGCUUCUCCCGCAGGCAUGUUUUAUAAAAAAUAAAUAAAAAUAAAGCAUUUUACAUGUUCAGAAAUGAUGCUGUUCAUUCUUCAGCUUAUUUGGAGUGUCCCUGUAUAAAUCUUGGCUCAGAUUAUUAUUAGAAAAUCACAGGUUUAUUGUUAAUAUUCAGUUAUGAUUGACUUGGGGCUUUGCUCAUUGUCAUUGACUUAAUAAAAAUUGUAAUGUAAUGAAUUCUAUAUCUUAGAGAGCCUAAUUUGUAUGAAUGGUUUGUAUUAUACAUAGUUUAUCCCGAAUUGACCUGCGUCUGUAUAUGCCCCCAUAAAGCUGUCUCCCUCUUCCCAUAAACCUCUCUUUCUCGUUCUCUCGCGCUCUCUCGCUCUCACUCAAUCACUCACACACACUCUCUCUCUCUCUCUCUCUCUCUCUCUCUCCCUCUCGCUUUCUCUCUAAUUCCAUUAAUACUCAUUAUUGGUUCCUCAAACAAAGACACUGAUGUUGCUGAUGAUGUAGACGUGAAUCCUUGAAAACAGCUACCCUGUACAUACGCUGUAGAACUGUCUAAAUAUAUUAUACGUACUCAUCAACUGUAUGACUAAAACAUUUAUUUAUGGGGGACGGAUGGGAUGGAGGUGUACAUAUGAAUAAAAAUACUGUAAGUUUUAUCAGUUUAA